AUGUUAUCAAAGUUGGAGAUCACAUGCGAUUUCAAAGACAACGGUUGUCCAGUAGUGGUCAGUUUCGGACAGUUGUCUGAGCACAGCCUCAAUUUAAAAAAGUUUAAUUUCAUGAAUACAUUGCAGCCAAAUGUGGAGCGCAAGCCUGCGUUUCUACCGCUACCUAAGACAUCACACAUAAUGGAAGUGACAGAAUAUGAGGCAAGAGUAAUGUGUAGAAAUCAAUCCGUUGUCAUACAAAUCGUGGAAAACAACAUGAAUGAGGAGAUGACAGGAAUGGCAAUGAAUAUAAUCAGUCAACAGAUCCACGGCUACUCGAGUCUUGCGUUGAUUUGCGAGAAAAUUGUCCACAAAAUGAAUGAUACGUUUGGCAGAGAGUGGCACUCGAGCGCUGACUUCAGGAGUGGCAGCAAAUCCUACACUGAAUUCAAAUCACAAUUUGAUAUCAAAAUACAAUUUGGUUUACUAUACCUUCACGUCUAUCAGACAUAUUAUGAGGCCUCGGAAGAGGAGAUAAUAAUAUCGGCGAGAAUCGAACAAAAACUGUUGGCAAGUGUUCAGACACAACUCAGACAACACAACACUAUUUCACUCAUCUGUAAGAAUAUUGUCAACGAAUUGAAUGAGGAAAUGGGUCUCAAUUGGCACUGUUAUGCCACACAUACACCACAAACACAUCCAUUUCAAUCUGCCUUUACUUAUGAGAAGGGAUUCCUCAUUGAAAUGCAAUUCAGUUCAUUAAGCUAUGUUUUAAAUGCCAUUGUGAAAUUCUUACUAUUACCAUUGGGAAAGUGGUCCAAAAUGCCCGGGUACGAAAUUGAGAGGUUUCCCAACCUGUCGGCCAAUGAGAAGUCCGAGUAUACGUGCUCUAUAUGUCAGGACAUANCGACCCAGUGCUGUCUCCAGACAUUCUGCGAGGAAUGCAUCACUAAUUGGCUCAAAAACAAUACUACCUGUCCUUACGAUCGCAAGACAUUGACUCCUAAAGACUUGUCACGACCACCAAGAGUUUUGAUGAAUAUGUUGGGAAAACUGAAAAUCCGAUGCGAUUUCAAAGACAAGGGCUGCAAAGAAGUGGUCAAUUUGGAGGACCUGAGCCAACAUGCGGUCAAAUGUAAAUAUAAUGUGGAGACAAAGUCGGGCCACGACUGUAUCAAAUCAUUGCUUGAUUUGAACCGUAAGGCUAAUGAGGAAAUCAAUGCAUUAAAACGCAAUCCAUUGCCCACCAGUCCUCCCAUCAGACAACCAGCACCGGCACCACCACCAGUGGCUGCAGUACCGGCCAGACCCGUGAGAUCUGUCCAACAGUCCUGUUAUUAG